CAGAGCAAAACACUUUUACAUGCAGCUGCAAGAAAGAAAGAUUUGGAUGCAAGGAACUGUGUAGUCAGAAUGCCAAGUAAAGCCCAGGAGGAUGCUGUGAUAAAUAUGAAGUCGAUACAGGACAUCUCUAAGCAGCUGGGUUUCGAGUGGCCAGUUCUUGCAUAUGAACUUGGCUUCACAAGAUCUGAGGUCAGGCAGUUUCAUGCCACUUCUAAAGAAAAGAGGGUUCAGGCUAAGAGCAUGCUGGAGUCCUGGUAUGAGCGGUCUUGGGACAAGCCCAACAAGACUAAAGUGCUUGAGGAUGGUCUGGAGCGAGCCGGGCGGAGGGACCUGGCCGAGAGGCUGCACUGCGUGCACUGGGGACACCAGCGGCUCAGCCGCAGGGUGGAGCUGCCCUCCGCUUUCCCCUUCCUUAUUACAGUCCACAGGACCAUAGAAAACACGGACGCCCUGCGCACGAUCAACCAGCUCAACCGCAGCUACAAAUAAUACUGUUGGUCGGAGAGCUGGAAAAACAUCCACAGUUCAUUCGUCUGUCAUGUUCGAGAGAAGAAUAGAAAUGUUAACUUCGCUUUACAAACAUGUCCGUUUUUAAUAAUUUAGGCGAACGGACAUCUAUGAACCCGUUCGUGAAUAUGUAUCUAAAUAA